UUUUCCAUUCUCCGUGCAUGAUGAUGCGUCGUGCGUUGCAAGGACCUCAACGUUUUGACUGAAAAGUUAAUUUCUUUGUACUAAUGUGAAAUGGCCGCUAGGCCUGUGUAUAUUUUAAUCCACAGAUGCAUUUAGCCAACAUCUCAAUGACUGUAUUGUUGUGAAAUCUGCUAAAAAGAGAUUUUCUGUGUGAUGCGACGAAAAGUGAAAGUGGAUAGUACUAAGGCAGUUCCUGACUCGACAGAGAGUCGACGACCCAGUGUGUUUGAGCGACUUGGUCCUGGGUCAUCAAGAGAAAGUGCUCGAGAUGGUAGCCGAGGGGAGCAAGGUACCUGGACCCAAGAUGGUAAUUCUUCCUUUGCUAGUACAUCGCGCUUCUUGCAAGGGCAAAGGACCAAAGCUUACGAUGACAGAUCUCCAGAUGCUGAACCAGUAGAUCUUCGUCAUCGUGUUGAGAGCAAACGAGCUGAGAGGGAACGUGAAAGAGACCGUGACAGAUCUCCUUCAUCGUCUUUAUCACCACCCCUCAAGGAUAAAAUGAAAUAUAAAGCACACCGUGCUAAAGAUACAUCCAGUGACCGGAAGCCCAAAGGUCAUGACCUGUCUGGUUCAAAGGUCAUGAAACAGGAAGCAACCCCUUCACCAGAGAUAAGUGAUGCUGAUGAUUGGGGUGGUAUUGAUGGGAUACCAGCUGCAGAUGAUGACAUGUGGGAUGAUGAUGAAGCCAGUCUAGAUUAUCGCCAGGCACUGACCCUGGAGAUGAAGAGGCAACAGAUACAAAGAGAACUACAACAGAUGGAAGAAGAGGAGAAUCAAGCCAGGGAACAGGCAGAACACAUUCUACAAAAGGAGGUUUCUGAUGAUAAUGGAGGAGGUUCAUAUCGCACCUCACAUUCCCCAUCCCCUGUCAGGAAGAAACAUACCAAGAAGAAGAAAGGUCGUAAUAAGGCUGAUAAACGACAUUCCCCCACCCCAGUAGAACAGUCGCCACCUAAGGCCUAUGUUGGGAAGAAACGUAAACGAGGCAAAUCUGAGGAAACUAUGAAACAAGAUUAUAAUGAAUCUGCAGAGUAUCUUCCAAAGAAAAAAGGGGCAGGGUCAAGCCACUCCCCUCGUGGGGGCAAACCAGCAGCAGCGGCAGCAUACCAUACUCGCACUCCAAGCCCUCAGGCAAAUCAACCAGAUGAGGUGGCAACCCCACAGAAAUAUAAGGGCAAAACUGAGAUGAGGAAAAAGUCAAGGGACAGGGAUAUGGCCAAGAGAAGCAGGAGUUUUUCAGGAAAUAGAAGUAGCGAUGAGGAAGCCCUCUCUGUCAGACGCAAGCCUGGCCAUUCCCCUACUCCACCAGCUCAGUAUCGUAAGACCUCCAAGCGUCCUCGUUCUCCAUCACAGCUUAGGAGCAAUUCGCCAAUGAAACGGAAACCAAAACACUAUGAGACACCCCCUCAAAGGACCACCAAGCGACCACCUAGCCCCCCCAGCCCAGUCCUUUCAGGUUCAUUGCCAUCAAGGGAACGCUCAACAUCUAGUUCUGCUCACUCGGAAUCACCACGCAGGGUAACAGGUAAACGUCCACGAUAUCAGUCACCAUCACCAACUCGGCAAACCGUGCAACCUUCACCCCAACCGCGAGAUCGUCGUGGCUUGCCUAAAAGUCCUUCUGUCAGGUCUCCACCUUCAGGCAGGACUGGGGUCAAGAAACAACUCCAGCGAAGUCUCUCACCGUCUGGAUCACACAGGUCUUAUUCCCCGACUUCCAAACGAAGAUCUCCAUCUCCAAGAGCUGUCAGAAGGAAGUCGCCAUCACCCACUCGGAAACAACCAGCCAGUUUAUUGAGAUCAAGUAGUAAUUCAAGGGAUAACCGAACAAAAAAGUUUUCUGACAGACAGGGCUCUGAUUACCAAAGUCAAACAGGACAUCCCAGUGACAAAUACUUACCAAGAGGUGAGAGCCGAAAUAACCCACCACCAGCAGACUUCCAACUACAUCCACGCCAGCGGUCAGACCCUCGAACAGACCCAAGAGCAGACACUAGAGGUCAGCCUAAGACUGAUUCCCGUGGGUACCAGAGGGGAGAUGCAAGAGAUGACCCACGUUGUGGCCCCAGGGGAGACCCCAGAGGAGUACUAAGAGGAGACAGGGGUGACACCAGGAAAGACUCCAGGGGAGACCUUAGGUCAGAUCUAAGAGCAGACCUCAGGGGAGAUCCUAGGUCAGAUUUGAGGAUAGAUCCUAGGUCAGAUCUAAGGGGGGACCCUGGAGGAAACCGCAGAGCUGAUCUAAGAGGAGAUGUAAGAGGAGACACAAGAGGGAACUCCAGGGCAGACCUUAGAGGAGAUCACAGAGGAGACCCAAAAGAUACCAGGGAAGACCCAAGGGGAGACAUCAGAGCAGCCCUCAGGGGAGAUUCUAGGGGAGGUGUCAGAGCAGAUCUUAGGGUAGACCCAAGGGCAGACUCAAUAGCAGAUCCAAGAGAUCUGAGAAGAGAUAUUAGGCCAGAGCCCAGAGGAGACUCCAGGUUUAGAGUAGAUCCCAGAGCAGAUCCCCGAUUGGACUUCAGACCUGAAUCAAGGAGAGACCUAAGGGAUGACCGUAGAGCAGAUCUAAGAUUAGAUCCACGGGUAGAUCCCAGAGCAGAGCACAGAUUAGACCCUAGAGCUGAUAUUAGGUCAAACCAGAGAGUAGAAUCACGGAUGGAUUCUAGGGAUUCCCGUGGACGUGAACAGCAGGAGCGAGAGUCCCGUCGAGAUGAGUGGGAGAGGAAUCGGAUCGGUGGCAGGAAGGAAAUGGAGAACAUUGCAGGGAGAGACCAGCGACUGGCAAGGAAUCGUACUCAGUCUUCACAAGAUAGGCAGCGUGAUGUUACUCAAAGAUCGGAAAGCCUGGAUAAUCGUAAGAUGCCCAAGGGAAGCCCAAGUCCUAUGAGUCGAGGACGAGGAACCAAUAUUGGCAGGGGACCUGAACGUGAGCUUGUCGUGGAAAGAAGGGGCAGAAGACCAGAGAGAGGCAGGGGGCAAACUAAAGGAAGAGAACCACCUCUGCAAAAGAGUGAUAGGGGAUCUGAUCCUGGAAGGGUUGCUCAGAGAGGUAGAGAAACAGACCGAAGCAGAGAUAAGGGAAAAGCAAUUGAGAAUGAAAAGGGUCUUGACAGAGACAGGCUGCAGGAGAAAGGUAGGGAACCACCUAGAGUUAGAGAUGGUGAUCCUCAGAGAGGUUCAGAGAGAGGACGCGAUACUCGGAGGGGAGGAAGAAGGGCAGGACCUGAUCGUGGUCGAGCUCAAGCCAAAGAAGGCCUUGCCAGACAGGUUGGUCGUAGCUUUGAAGAGUCCAGAAGAUCGAGAGAUAGUUCAACUGAUAGCCGUAAAAUGGACAAACAAAGAGGGAUGGAACAGCAGAAAGGAACACAUUCUGGUGGUCGAGCAGAUGGUUUGAAACGAGAAGGGUCUAGAGAUGGACGUGAGGAUUUGAGAUCUAGAAGAGGAGAUUCGAAGGGGUCCAGCAGCUCCCAGAAGGAGAAACCCAUUGAUCAGGAUAGAAGGCAGCGAUUGGAAAGGUCAUCAGAGAGAACUGGGGGAGGUCGGGACUUGCCGAAGCAUGGCCAGUCCCCUGGUAGAGGAGGUACAUCUGAUUCUCCUGCUAAAGUCAGCAGCAGAGAUGAUCUUUGCCAUUCCCAGGAGAAAUCAUACCAUGAUCGGGAUCAAGAUGUAAGGACUGCUGCUCCUCCAGAGGCCAAGGCCAUUGAAGCAACUUCCAAAGCCUCAACACAAGAUAGUAAAGAGAGCACACCUCUGAAAGAGGGCUCCCUUGGCAGGCCUACUGAGGAAGUUUUCAGUGACUGGUCAGAGGGUGGAAGUGAUGAUCUCCUCAACCAGAGUCCACCAAUAGAAGAACAGAAAUCACUACCUGGCUUGGAAGACUUUAAGCAAGACCUAUCCUUGGAGCAAUCACGGAGAGACAGGCAAAGGUCAGAAAAGCAAGAGAAGAGAUCUGAUGAUAGAGAAAAACAAGAAGGCACCGAAGGGAGGUCUUUGCGUAGUCUGAGCUAUGGAAGCAGUUCCAGUCGUUACAGUUCUGUUAGCUCAGACUUUCCUGGGCAAGGAGGAUCUGGUGGGUCUCUGGAUCAAGGAACAAGCUUACCCAAGACAGCAGUGGAUCAAGAAGAUUUGAACUCUACUUCCUCUCCCAAGAUUCCUUGUUUACCCAUGGAAGAAAAGGUUUCUAGAGAUAGGGAUUCCCAAGAUAAGAAUAGUAGCAUCCCACCAUCAAGAGAGGCAUCAGUCAAACAAGAACAUAGUGCUUCCUCAGAUAUGUAUGAGGUGAUCAGCGAUGAUGAAUUUGAUGACAUCUUGGAGGAUGGAAACAGAGAUGUGAGCAAGCAAGAGGAAGAUGCAAAGCCUCAAGAAGACACACAAGCUGACUUGACAGCAGUGGACUGGUCCAGCCUCAUGUCUCAAUCAUCAGCGAUACAAACACAGUCCCAGACCAGCGAGGUGUCUGGGUCUGUAUUAGACAAGUUUCGGCCAGGUCAAGUCCUGGCCAGAGUCGGUGUGUCUAGGGCACUUGCUGGUCCUGAGCUGAUGAGGGAGGUUGAGCAAUUAUGUCUGCAGGCAGCGGAAGAAGAAGGCUCGUCUAUACAGACACCAUUGUUUGAGAAUCAACUAGGAGCUUUCAAUGCUUCAGCUCAGAGGAAAUUACGUCAGCGUAAACAGCUGCUGACUGACAUUGGACCUUGUCGACGGGCCUUGUGUGCCAGACGUGAUGUCAUGAUUCGUAAACAACUUGGUAAAGUGGAUAAGCCCGAACCAGAUCAGGUGUUCUCUACUAGUCUGCUUGAUGCGGAGCUGUUCAAGAUCAAUGUGCAGCUAUUCAGGGCAGGCAAGAAGGGGAGUCAAGCACCAGACCUGAGUGUGUCCAGAGUGAGUGCACCUCACUCGGAACGUUCAUCUCCGAUUGCUGUAUGCACAUGAACAUGUUCAUGAGGCAAUCAAGUCCAUAAACUGCAAAGAAAAGUUACCACUAGAUUGGUUAACCUGCCUUCUUUGAAAGUUUCUGUUUUGCUCAAGUCUUGUUUCUUGUGAUGGUUUUGUAGGAAGAUGUUGUUUCACGUAAGCACUCUCUAAGUGACCUUUAAGACUACAUAUAUCUUGGUAAUGGGUUCGAUUCCAGUCCAGGGAUCGUGGUCCACCAUAGUCUAUGUUCCCUGUUAGCAAGGCAUAUUGCUGUAGUUUCAGUUUUAGUUUAGAGAUUAUUACACUUGUGAUACACAGGUCAUGUGAGGUCUCUCAAAUUCUAAGUGAUAUGACGGUACAGUUUUGUGACAGGAUAUAAAGCUGAGCCCAUGGAAUUUAUUGGCUCACCAAUUAUAGUGACAUGCAAAUAGCUUAGUCUUUUUAAUCUUUUAAUGCUUGUAAUGUAUCCUACGAACCCAAGUGUUGGUUCAUUCUAGAUUAUUCUAGGCCUGCUUAUCUGCCUCGAGCAGAAGCACCCCCUCAUUGGUUGAAAAGAGCCAUGUUGGUUAGGAGUAUUCGUUUAGUUGGUAGUGUUGCAACUGCAACGCUUGUGUUUCCUAGUCGUUCAUGAACCAGUGAUGCGCAGUUGGUACCGUAGGAGCUGCCAUUGGUCCAGCAUAGCCUCGAUCAAGGCGUUUGGCUUUUCUUGUAAAUACAGUUGACCCGCUGAUGAUAUAAAAAAAUUCCCAAACAGUGCCUAUUGGCUAUAGGCCUAUUGUAGUUAUCACCCGCUGACCUGCAUUCCCAAACAGUGCGUAUAAGCUAUAGGCCUAUUGUAGUUAUCACCCGCUGACCUGCAUUCCCAAACAGUGCGUAUAAGCUAUAGGCCUAUUGUAGUUAUCACCCGCUGACCUGCAUUCCCAAACAGUGCGUAUAAGCUAUAGGCCUAUCGUAGUUAUCACCCGCUGACCUGCAUUCCCAAACAGUGCGUAUAAGCUAUAGGCCUAUCGUAGUUAUCACCUGCUGACCUGCAUUCCCAAACAUUUCGUAUAAGCUAUAGGCCUAUUGUAGUUAUCACCCGCUGACCUGCAUUCCCAAACAGUGCGUAUAAGCUAUAGGCCUAUUGUAGUUAUCACCUGCUGAUCUGCACUAUUAGGCUUGUGCUGUGAAGGUGUGUGUUGUUGCAGUGAAUGUUCAUGUGUACAUGAAAAGACUGGGCUGAUUUUUCAACUGGACAGGCCACUUAUGACGUGCACAUGUAUGACGUACUUGCAAAGUAGUAUGUAUAUCAGUUCUGUGUUUAGCUUACUUUGUAGUAUGCCGUAGUAUUGUACAAGGGUUUGGUAUGUCAUGACAGUACACGGCGGCUGGUUUUGCUGUGGUUUGUGUGUGUGGAACCAGAUUUUCUCCCCUUGUCAAAAAGUGGCAGGCAUUGCCUUGGACAAAGCUAGUUUCUUUAUUGACAGAAAGCAAAAUUUAAAACUGGUUUUGCAAUUUUUCAGACUGUAGCUAUUGUUUCAUUGAUAAAAAUACUGAAGAAAUUCUUAUUCAGUGGAUUUGACAUCUGAUUUUGUUUCUUUUAUGGGAUUGGUUAAUUUCUUGUUUUAUCAGUUGCGUCUGAAGCACGUUGGUGGUGUUACAUCGCCCGUCUACUUUGCUCAUGUAGAGCAGUACAUUGUUAUAAAUAUCACAAUUCUCGUCAUGCCCACGUGUGUGGUCAAGCUAACGGAUGGAGUUGUGUCCUUCCGGGGAGGAAUGAGUGUGCAAUGGGUUGUCAUUUAUCUGUGGGGGAAUUUGGGAAAUUUCCUUCUUGUGGAAGGAAUUGCCAAGUGUAAAAACUCCUUAAAAUCAUACUCAAAUAUCUGUACUACAAACCUGCCAUUUUGAUUUCUUAAUCAAGCGGAUAUAGCUUUGAUUCUAAGAAAUUCCUCCGGGUGAAGUUGGUGUUAGUGACCGCUAUUGUCCUGCUGGUGUUUAAGAACAGCAAAGGACACUUUUCUGAUGUGACAACCCAAAGGAAUCACCAUGGUAAUGAUGAAGUUGUGCAUGCGUACGCCCUGUCUUUGAGUGUGGCUCAAUUAGUGGUGCAAAUCAAGACAGCUUCGCUGGAGCAGUGAGAUCACUGGUUGGACAAGAAGAUGACUGGUGUUCGAAAUCUGGACAAAUAAAUUCAGAUUAAACAUUAGCCUUCAAAUGAAAACAUUCUGCCCUAGAAUUAGCUGAACAUUUAUUACAUGGUUAUGUAAGCUUGAAAAUUGGGACUUGAUUUUAACUGAAUUAGCUUGCAUUAGCUCCGAUGCAAUAAAAGUUCGGUAGUCAUGGAAACAGUCCUAUGCAAUGCUGUAUGUGUUGUUUCCAACCCCCCCCCAGUUCUUUUAAAUUGUGUAUCACUUUAAAAAAUCAACUUAGUUCAUGAACAACAUUUGGAUUAUUAACACAAAAUGUUUUUAUUUAUAGCCAAUUACCUUUCAGAUUGGACAGGGAAAUGCCAGAACUAAUUGUUACAUUGGAAUACUAAAAAAGUGACUUUCUUGUUAAUGGGAAAUAAGUGAGAUUUCUUAUGUAUUCCCUUAUCACAAAUUUUUACUAAAAAUAGAAAUUAAAACAAAACCAACAUUAAAUAAAAUACAUGUACUUGUCCAGAUACAAGUAAAAUUCCUAUUCUAAAUUCACAUUUUAUAAGAUACGGUGAAUGCUUUUGUGUCCAUACAAUACUUGUCCAUUUUACACGCAAGGUAAAUGUGUUCUUGGAAUUGUCUUGUUGAAAGUGAAAUACUUUGAAAUGACUGCAUCACCUUUCCAAUAUGAGACUGUUUUUUCGUCUGUUGGUUUGCUGUUUUAGUAUUAAAAUGGAAGGGUCUUUGGCUCUGCACC